AUGGCUUCCUUCCGUACUGGAGGAGCCAUUCCGCACGCCCACGAGGGAGUGUUCCGCCAGCCAGCGUUGCUGCGCGUGCUACUUGGACUUGUGCGCGACGUGCGAGCAGCGGCGAACGUCCACGUGACCAAGUGUGACCCGAGCUUGGUGCCUGUAGAGGGCAUGUCUGCGGCUGCAUCUACCUCUGUCAGUGUGCAGCAGCACCAGCCCCUCCAGGAUUGCUUGCUGGCGCACGGCAUUCUGAAGCGAUUGCAACCGCUGAGCUCCGAGUCCAGCGACAACGAAGUGGCUGAGGAGAGUCGUGCUCUGCUUUGCACCAUCGUCAAUGAGCUGCUGACUGCAGAUGCUGAGGUGUCUUCACCGUCGCCCCCUCGAUUGUUGCUGGCGAUACACACGCAGGGGUACGAUGUUACGCUGGUACCAACGUUAGUGGCUCAUGUGCCGGCGAUGAAGCUCAUGUGGGACCACUGGAUGGUACCAACUUCGUCCAACUCGUCGGGUUCUUCGUCGUCUCGCUCAGCUACACCGGGGACGAAGCCGCUGAUGGGGUUCGUGGCUGAAGGUGCUGAGAAGGACCUCCCCAAGUGGCGCUUCCGACUGCGCGUGGUGCUCUCGUUGUGUGCCGCGCAUCUCUCCGGUAGCAAGCAAAGCGCGGCGAUGCAGCAGGCGCUGCGCGUGGUUUGGAACAAGUUUCGCAACGGCGUCGGAAGCUCGGGCGAGAACAGUGCUGGAUACGUCAACCUGCUGGGCGAAGUGUUGCCGUGGAUCGUGCACGCAUGCUCGCAGAACGCCGACCCGAGCGCGGAGCUGGUGCAUUUCCUCUUGAAGCUGCAGAGACAGCUGCAGAGUGGCUCGGGCAGCAGCAAGAGGGAGGGCAGCAGAGGCGACUGGAAAGCCCCAAGAGCAGCGACAGCUUCUGGAACAAGUGCUGCGUGA